UUCUUUCAUUUUUAACCAUUUGAUUGUCAAUCAUACAGUGGACAUCCUGGACUACUUCUUACAAGACCACUUUCUCCGAGUUAAAUUCAACAUGUCUGCAAGAUCGAUCGCUGAGUCUAAAUUGAAGAGAUUCCUUCUGUACGGCAGUGAGGAAACCGUAUAUUUUUCGGGUUGCAGAUUCCAGUACGGAUAUUUCCUGGGUGCCGGCCUAACUUCAUUGAGGCAGCUUUUGAACCAAGUCGAUAAGAAGAAGAUCUCCGCAUGGGUCAAGUUUGUACAGGAAGAGAAGAUAGCUUCGCACAUAUGUAUUGUGCCUUUAGUGGUCUCCGAGUGCUGUAAAUUAUCCGGUUGGAAAGAAGAAGCGUUCGAGCUGGCUUUGACCGUUCUUCGAACAGACAAGGAAUUCUUGAUGUUUUGUAAAUUCUCCUAUGAAAUUUUACCGGAAAUCGGAAUUGGCCCACUCGUGACUAAAUUCAUUCAAGAAUGGUACUUACGACUGGACUGUUGGGAACUGGUCGAAAUAGUGAGCAAGAGACCAGGCUGCUACGGAUGGUACCAUAGAGACGUCAUAAAAAUGGCUAAUGUCAAUUCUUCAUUUCCACCGAUGGGAGCUGCUUUCGCUUACGCGAUUGGAGGAAUCGAGUUAAUGAACCAAAAGUACGGAAAUGACGUAGAGGCCAGAGACGUCGUCGAACAUCUGAACCAGUACGAGGAUUCCAAGAGUAAAACCGACACGGAUAAAGCUGUCUCAGGGAAUGGAGCUUCCACGCAAAACAUCCAAACGACUAACAAGACUCUUGUACAGAAGAAACAAGUAUGGAACGCGUUGCAUAAAAACGUCAAAAUAACGACGAAGAACAUUACUGUUAUUGUAGAUUGCUACAAUCUGUCAACAUCUUAUUGUUGCUGUACACCACUUGUCCAAGCUGACAUGGCGGCAGCUGUGACUGCCUUGUACUUCGCAAACGCAUCAGCCAACGCCAAGGUGCUUAUUUUCAAAGGGCCUUCACAUCAGUAUUUACAACGUGGGACAACUUUAGACGAGCUUGUAAACAAUAUAGGCACCAAUACUAAGGAAUGUUCAAGUUCGCGAGAAAUAGGACUCUAUCUCAGCCCGAAGAACAGCGAAACACUCUACACGGAUCUCUUCGUCGUCAUCGGCGUAAACAUAAAUCACGAAAAUUAUAUGAAAUACGUUCAAGAUCAUCGAAGAGAUAAGGCACGGGCUCCAAAAUUUGCCUUCUGCAGUUUGGGUGGUAUCCUGAACGACCAAUUGAAAUAUGACAUUAACAUCCUUCUAACAACUGGAUUUGAUGAUAAUAUGUGCGACAUCAUCAACGCCUUUUCCAGGAUGUAAAAGAACUCUGGAAAGAAAUUUUAAAAAUUGUUAAAAUUUUGACGAAUUGUAAAUAUUACAAUC